AUGGAGGCAGCCGAUCCGACUUAUCCUUUUCUGCCUAUCGCCUGCCUCUUGUCUUCUGUCAUGCUACUUCUCGUGCUCAUGACCAGCUUCAUCCGUCAGAGAUGGAACUUAGGCGUUACCUUCUUGUGCUUUUGGCUCUUCAUCGAGAACAUCACAAGUGCUGUUAGCGCUGUCAUAUGGUCGGACAAUGCCGACGUCAAGCUUUACGUCUACUGUGACAUUGUCACUCAUCUGCAAAUCAUUGCAGCCAUAGUCAAGCCCAUGGCGACGUUGAUCAUUACACGCCGACUACAUCUCAUUGCCAGUCUGGAAUCAGUCGAACUUCCCAGCAGAGCCGCGAGGCGCCGUGAUCUUGCAAUAGAAUGGACACUCGGUCUCCUAUGUCCGCUUCUAGUGGCCGGUCCCAUCUACUACGUGGAUCAGGGUGCUCGUUUCACGAUCUAUGAAGGAUCUGGGUGUGCAACUGCUGAGGAGGAAUCUAUACUAGAGGUUCUCAUCCAGGAACUCUGGUCAAUCGUCCCUCCCCUGAUAUCUGUCAUAGUUUACUACCCAAGAGUAGUGAGAACGUACUACCGCCAAAGCAAAGACAUCAACAGCUUCUUACGCAGCAACCCCUCGAUCUCACGCACGAAUUACCUCCGGAUUCUGAUCCUCGCCAGCAUCGACAUCCUAUUCAUACUGCCCAUCGGCGUCGUAAACGUCGCGCUAUACAUAAGCGCUACACUAUCCCCUCCCAAGUACUUGCCCUUCUAUCCCGGCUGGGCCUUCCUUCACGCCGAUUGGACACCCAACUACUUCAUCAAUUGGACAUCUCCCGUCCUCGCAUUCGUCAUAUUCGGUCUGUUCGGCGCGACGGCCGAAGCGCGUGCCUCGUACUGGCGCAUCAUCUGCACCGUCGGAGGCUGGCUGGGAUGGAAGCCUACCCUUCGCGCGCGGAACGGACGAGCGUCGCUGGGAGAGAUCAACUUCGGCGCGCGACCGCGGGAAACCGGCACGUCGGGGCUCGACCUGGAGAUGGGAUCGCGUCCGCCUAGUUUCGUUAAUACCCAAGUGACCGCUAUGAGACUGGACGUGAAUGAAGGGUCGGGUGACGGGUCGGCGACGGACCUGAAGUCGAUUGGGGAAGCGCGUCUUCAAGAACUUCUAGACGGCAAGGACACGGAAAUCGACGGUCGUCCUGUCGGCAACGGUGGCAGCGAACCAUUCAGAAACCUGGAGAGAACGAGCGGCUCAAGCGUCUACUCGACUGUGCCGCCUCGGACGCCUGGCGGCACCAGGGGCGGGUGUUCGCUUCGGUGGGCAACGAAAGGUGUUCGCGGCGACAGGUUUCGACCUCCCAGUCGCCAGCCCGCUCACGUCUCAAUAUGGUUAACCGGAUUCGCGUAG